CCAACAAUGUCAAGAAGAUCAAGUAAACCUAUUAUAUUCGAUUUGUCCAAUCUAGAUAGUAUAAAAGAUGAUCAGGUGUUGAUUGGACUGAUUAAUAAGUCAUUGGCAACAAUCAAUAAGACAUUCGAACAAUAUAGAUUCGAUGAGAUUGCUCUAUGUUUCAAUGGUGGAAAGGAUUGUGUUGUAUUAUUACAUCUAAUACAUCAUGUAUUAGUACAAAGACAUAUAAAGAAUAUAAAGAAUAAUAAUAAUAAUAAUAAUAAUAUAGAUAAUAACAAUAGAGUUAAUAAGGAUGUCGAUGACAUACCACAACUGCGUACAUUAUACUUCAAGGCCAACGAUUGUUUCGAACAAGUAACUAAAUUCACAGAGGAGUGCGCUGCUUCAUGGCCACAGUUCAUUAGAGUAAGUCCAAUCUUGGAUUGGGACUAUUGCAAUGUGUGGAAGUUCCUCAAGACAUUCAAUGUACCAUAUUGCACGUUGUAUGAUGAGGGAUAUACAUCGAUUGGAAACAAGGGCGAUACAGUACCCAACCCAGCACUCAAGGACGAGUCCACUGGUCAGUUCUCCCCAGCUCACCUAUUGCGCGAUGGUACACUGGAGAGAAGUGGGCGUCAGAACCGACCCAAGCUAGUCCAGACCAAC